UGGUUUAGGAAAGCAUUCGUCUCCUGGAGUACAGUAGAGCGCGAGACGCGGAGUUGUGGCAGGAUGCGUUCUCUCCACUGAGCGCGAGGGAAACUACGGCACUUGUGCAUGGAACUAAUUAAGAACAAUAUAUGCGUAUACACAUAUAUUUUUUUAAAUGAACCUGACACAUUCAAUCGAUCAGCCCUGGCAGUUUAAUAAGAUAAUUGCGUAAUAAAUCAAAUCAAUAAACAGUUAGUUGUAUGGGUUUUUGCACUUACUGCCUAAUGCUAGAGGGCGGUGGCAUUUCGCCGUGCAUUAGCCUCUUGGACAUCUAUCACAUCACCGAGUGUCUUCAGAGAAGUCCCGGGACCAACUGAACCGGCUUUUCGCCCCCCUCCCCAUUUUGGUUUUCCCCAUAUCCUUUUUAGACUGCUCUAAGCGGAGUUUGGAACUCACUAAUUUAGCUGCGAUUGUACAGCCGUCACAGAGGCACCUGGCAUUUAAAAAGCGGAUUUCACUCUUCGAGGAGUUCACUUCUUCGUAUCAUGGGGGAAAAGGACCAGAUUGUGAACGGUGGAAUGAGAUUCGCAGGAUACUUAUCGCAGAUGUGCACGCUACCCGGAUUUCUCCUGAUUGUCAGCAUCCACAUCGGAGCCGCGCAAGUCGAUGACGACUUCCUGGGAUUGGGAGAGCUGCCCGAGACGUUCCCCUCGGACCCCCCCGAGCCCCUGCCGCACUUCCUGAUGGAGCCGGAGGAGGCGUACAUCGUGAAGAACAAGCCCGUCAACCUGUACUGCAAGGCCACGCCCGCCACGCAGAUCUACUUCAAGUGCAACAGCGAGUGGGUGCACCAGAAGGACCACACCGUGGAGGAGCGCGUGGACGAGACCUCAGGGCUGGUGGUGCGGGAGGCCAGCAUCGAGAUCUCGCGGCAGCAGGUGGAGGAGCUGUUCGGGCUGGAGGACUUCUGGUGCCAGUGCGUGGCCUGGAGCUCCGCGGGCACCACCAAGAGCCGCCGGGCGCACGUCCGCAUCGCCUAUCUCAGGAAAACCUUUGACCAGGAACCAUUAGGGAAGGAAGUUUCUCUGGAACAGGAAGUUCUUCUGCAGUGCCGGCCUCCCGAGGGUAUACCUGCUGCUGAGGUGGAGUGGCUGAAGAACGAGGAGAUCAUCGACCCGGCGGACGACCGGAACUUCUACAUCACCAUCGACCACAACCUGAUCAUCAAGCAGGCGCGGCUGUCCGACACCGCCAACUACACCUGCGUGGCCAAGAACAUCGUGGCCAAGCGACGGAGCACCACCGCCACAGUCAUCGUCUAUGUGCACGGGGGCUGGUCGACGUGGACCGAGUGGUCGGUGUGCAACAGCCGCUGCGGGCGGGGGUUCCAGAAGAGGACCCGCAGCUGCACGAACCCCGCGCCCCUCAACGGGGGCACCAUGUGUGAAGGCCAGGGCGUCCAGAAGCUGGCCUGCACUUCCCUGUGUCCAGUGGACGGUCUGUGGACUGAGUGGAGUAAGUGGUCUACCUGUGGGACCGAGUGCACUCAUUGGAGGAGGAGAGAGUGCGCCGCCCCCGCACCCAAAAACGGGGGGAGGGACUGUGACGGCAUGGUGCUGCAGUCUCAGAACUGCACGGACGGGCUGUGCAUGCAGAGUUCUGUGUAUCAGAUGUCUACUGAGCCUAAACCCCCGAGUGGUUUUGGAUUUCCAUCCGCGCCCAGCUCAGACGACGUGGCGCUCUACGUGGGCGUGGUCAUCGCUGUCAUCAUGUGCCUGCUCAUCUCCGUCAUCGUGGCGCUCUUCGUCUACCGCAAGAACCACCGCCGCUUCGACUCUGACAUCAUCGACUCCUCCGCCCUCAAUGGCGGGUUCCAGCCCGUGAACAUCAAGACGGCUCGGACAGCCGACCUCCUGGCCACCUCGCCCGACCUGACCUCUGCGGCCGCCCGGUACCGCGGGCCCGUCUACGCCCUGCACGACGUUUCGGACAAGAUCCCCAUGACCAACUCGCCCCUCCUGGACCCGCUGCCCAACCUGAAGAUCAAGGUGUACAACUCCUCGGGCCUGGCCACGCCCCAGGAGGACCCCGGCGAUUUCGGCUGCAAGCUCUCGCCCAAGGUCACGCACUCCCUGCUGGACGGCGAGGCCAUGAACCUGCGCAGCCAGAGCCUGGCUCGAACCCGCGACCCCUCCUGCACCGCCUUCGGCUCCUUCAACUCCCUGGGGGGGCACCUCAUCGUGCCCAAUUCAGGCGUGAGCUUGCUGGUGCCGGCAGGAGCCGUUCCUCAGGGCCGUGUGUAUGAGAUGUACGUGACCCUGCACAGGAAGGACAGCAUGAGGCCUCCCGUGGAGGACGUGCAGACGGUCCUAAGCCCGGUGGUGAGCUGUGGGCCCCCGGGGGCCGUCCUGUCUCGCCCCGUCAUCAUCACCAUGCACCACUGCGCCGAGACCGACAGCCAGGACUGGCACAUCCAGCUGAAGAGCCAAUCAGAGCAGGGCCAGUGGGAGGACGUGGUGGUGGUGGGCGAGGAGAACUUCACCACGCCCUGCUACGUCCAGCUGGACGCGGAGGCGUGCCACGUGCUGACGGAGACGCUGGGGACGUACUGCCUGGUGGGCCAGUCCGUCAGCGCGGCCGCCGCCAAGCGGCUGAAGCUGGCCGUGUUCGGGCCCGUCUCCUGCGCCGCGCUGGAGUACCACGUCCGGGUCUACUGCCUGGACGACACGCAGGACGCCCUGAAGGAGGUUCUACAGAUGGAGAAGCAGAUGGGGGGGAAGCUGCUGGAUGAACCAAAGAUGCUCAACUUCAAGGACAACAGCCACAACCUGAGGCUGUCCAUCCACGACGUUCCCCACGCGCUGUGGAGGAGCAAGCUACUAGCCAAGUACCAGGAGAUCCCGUUCUACCUGGUGUGGAGCGGAUCCCAGCGCUCCCUGCACUGCACCUUCACCCUGGAGCGCUUCUCCGUGGCGACCGCCGAGCUCACCUGCAAGCUGUGCGUGCGGCAGGUGGAGGGGGAGGGGCAGAUAUUCCAGCUCAGCAGCGCUCUGUCCGAGGACGUCCAGAGCAUAGACACGUCGCUGCUGGACCCGGCGGGCAACGUCACCGCCCUGGUGGGGCCCGGCGCCUUCCGCAUCCCCCUGUCCAUCCGGCAGAAGCUGUGCGGCAGCCUGGACGCCCCCCAGACCCGCGGGAACGACUGGAGGAUGCUGGCCCACAAGCUGAGCCUGGACAGGUACCUGAACUACUUCGCUACGAAGUCCAGCCCGACGGGGGUGAUCCUGGACCUGUGGGAGGCGCAGCACUUUCCGGACGGAGGCCUGGCCCACCUGGCCGCCGUGCUGGAGGAGAUGGGUCGCCAGGACACCUUCGUUCCCAUGGCAACGGACCACUGAUGCUGAGAAAAAGCCGACUGACUGACGGAGGGAAAACGGACCGGCGUACGACGGGCGGCGAGCGAGCGAUCUGCGCAGAUCAGGUCCUCAGACGACGCAAACGGGUCUGAGAGAGAAAAGCUUGUGUGGGCUGAGCCUGCUCAUCCUUUCCUGAAAGAGAAAAAAUGAAAAUUCUGCUUUUCAUUUCUAUGGAAACGCAACGAAAGACGGAAAAUAGCAAAAAACGGAAAUAAAUAAAAUUUAUACAUGAUGGAAGCAUAAACUUACACCAGAGGUUUCUUGUUAGCCAUGGCUAUAGGCUCCUUGGUGCAGUUUUCCUGUUGAUACAGUUUCCUAGGAAACGCUUUAUUCUGCUGUCCAUGUAUGUGGAUGAUGUCAUCACGCUCCAGACGGGUUGCGGGUUGCUCAGUGGUCAGCAGUGCGGGCUAUUGUGAUGCGUGCAGUUGAGUUACGGAUCAACCAAUCAAAACAUUUCUCACCUGCUCCUUCAUUCCCACCUGCCUGCUCCAAAAAUCAUUUAUCAUGCUUGUAUCGUUUUUUGCAGUAUCGACAUAUUCAAGUGCUCUCCUAAUUACAGAAGGAGAUCUAUACACGGAUCUGUGUGCGAGAGACCGCACGCAGGAGAGUUCAUACAGGAGGGUUUUUUAUUUCUUUUAUAUUUUUGUGCAACACUAUAUCAUGCCCACGUGUAUGUCAUAUUUUUUUAUUUUUGUUUAGCCAUUUCCUUUCUCCACAGUGCCAUCUUGUGGGCAUAGAGAAAAACAUGUGCAACCCCUCUUUUUAGUGGUACAAAGCCAACUGUGCAAACCUGUAAAUAUGCAUAAAAGAACAUUGUGAUGUCUGUAAAUUUGUGAUUUGUGGUAUUAUUUUGUUAAGUUUUUUUUUUUUUUAAAUGCUGAAGUUUAAAUGUGUUUUGAUGAAAGGAGGAAAAAUCCGGUGUUAAGUCAUGAUGAUGUAAUAUCAGCCUGCAGCAGCUCACCUGAGCACCUGGUGCUUCGUUAAGUUAACCUUCGCCAGCAGUGUUUACAGGGGUGUGCAGGUGUGUCCGGGCUCAGGUGUUCAGGUAAGCUGUUGUGCUAUGAGGGAACAGGUACUUCUGCACACUGCAGUGCACAGGUAAAAAAAGAAUACCUGUUCUGCCUAAAUAUGCCUUUCAGAAUUUUAAACCACUCACACUUUUAUCUUUUAUAGUGUAAACCUUUCUCUCCAUGGCAGUGCAAUCAGCAGACCUAAAGGGACUGGCCUAAGACAAUGACUGACUCACGUUAUGAUCUGAUUGGUUUAUCAAAGGUGAAGACUGUCACUAUUACUAUUUAAUUAAUCACCCCCUACCCCACCCCCUCCCCGUGUCUCAGUUCUCUUAAUUUUAUUAGAAAUCAUAUAAUUUAAGAUAAUAAUAAAACACAUCUGCAAAUUAUUAUUUAUACUAGUGUAGUUCCAAAACCAGCAGUAUUUUUGAAAACAGGAAAUGUCAAAAUCCAAAUAUGUAUGGCAAACUGCAGAUUGUAACACCUUAUAUGAUUACUUCAAACCAAAGUUCUGUCCCACCGGUGGAACUUUUCAAAAAAAUAAUAAUGAUAAUAAUAAUAAUUGGAAGUGUGUCAGCUUUCUUGUCGUUAAGUACAGCCAUCUUGAUAAGAGAAACACCAGUGUGUCUUACCUCUAAGCCACUUUGUGUUUGGAUUUUUGUGAAAUAUUCUUUCACAAAAUAAGCGAAGGAACAAACGCUUAAACUAAAAGGCUGGUAUUGAUUUUUCCUUCUAAUUGAGUGUCAGGCUACAAGGGGGAGACAUCGUCAAGUUUCACUGUUUGGGGGGGGGGGGGGGGGGAUAAUUCUUUCUUAGAUAUUUGCAUCCUCGGGAUUGCUUUUCUUGCAGGUUAUUUGGUGAUUGCAUCUAUUGAUGUACAAAAAAAAUAAACAAACACAAAAACCCUUCACAGUGGCUGUGAAUUCAUAUCUAUGGUGAUUUCACUCAAGGCCUCCUAGGUAAAGAGCUUGGAUAGCUGAUUAUUGUGUGUUAUUUGAUUCAUGUUUUGCCUCUCCUGUAUGUGGUACUGUGUGAGGGCGCUGAUCUCAUUUAUACUUUGGGGGUGGGCAGUCGGGGAAUGACAGCAAACAGGGAAUUUCCUUUCUGAUUUUUAUUUCUUUUUUAUUUUCUGGGGGAGGGACACUAAUUCUACCACCCAAUACAACACAGUACAGUAAUAUUGCCCCCCCCCCCUCCCCCCCGGGGGUGGCGGGGUUGAUGUUGUCCCAAAGUUGGGGGACCCGUCUCCCUCUAGAUCUGCAUCGCCAUGGUUACCUGGGGAGACAGGUGGCCCCGCCUCUUCUGUUAAUGUCUAGUGUGAGCAGAUUGUGCCUGCUGACCUCAACUGGACAGUGCCAUUCUACACCAACAGGGGGAGACGAGGACAAUGAAAUGUAAUAAAACCACACAGAUAUUUUUGGGCAAUGAGGUGUGUAUGAUACAUGUAUUAUGUACAGAGGUUUCCAGUCUGAGCUUAUCCUCAGUUUAUACAACGGCAGUAGGCAGUCUCUAGUCUUUGUUCUCUCGCAAAAGCUGUCAGAUAAAAAAAAAAAAGCUGUCUAUGCAAACUCGGGCAUCCAUUACAAACACGAUGUUCUUUUGUGGAAAUGCUUGAAGUGGUGAAGUGGCCGUUCAGGUGUGUUUGGAUCAGUACUUUUGGCACUAAAGUGAAGAUGUGCUCAGCACUUGCACUUUGGGACGUGUCCUGCAAAUGCUCGGAUUUCUUCAAAUUUCUGUACAAAGUGUAAGAAAGAAUUUUUAAACAAGUAAUAAAUUAUAUUUAUAAGCAACA